GUUGGUAAGUUUCAGGGCAGGCAUACGUAAAUUAAACGUGAUACACCGCCACCAUAAACAAAGCAUCGGAAUAGCCGGACACAGCAGAGCAAAGGGGAAACCGAUCGGAGUAGGCGUGCUACGAUUCUCAUUUUCUCAUAGGCAGCAGCAGCACCCUCCCUCUGGCAGUGGCAGCGCCUCCCUCAAGCUCAUCCGUCGCCCUCACGCUCCACGCGCGCGCGCACGCGGCCACCCAGAGAAGCAGCGGCAGCUCCGGGACAAGAGAAGGGAGCCAUUCAGAAGGCAGCAGCCCAGUCCGGCCCGGUGGUUUCCUUGGUUAGGUGAUCGACUCCCCGGCAACAACCCCGAGAAACCCCGACUCCUUGCGGGCGAUUUUUGUGUCCGGUUUUGGCUUGGCUGGGUUCACCUGUGAGAUCAGGCCGGAGGAGCCAUUCUUGAGCUCGGCUGCGCAGACCUGCUGCAGUGGAGUGGCUCAGCAAUGAAUCGCAGCGGCUUCGAGAGGUAGAAGAAGCACUUGUUGUCGGGUCUGCAUUGGCGGUGGUUUUGUUCUAGGAGAAUUAAUCCUCAGAAUGGAGAGCGUAGAUUCGCACUCCCCGAGGCGCCAUGCUCAGCAUCAACAGAAUGCUAGGGAACCCAAGGAUCAUAAGAGCACCAGUAAAAGGCAGUCACACAGCACUGAGAUUCCAUGCUCUUUGGUACAGGAGGUCCAGCACCUCGAGAAGCGACUAAAUGAUCAGUUUGCCAUGCGGCGUGCUCUAGAGAAAGCAUUAGGUCACAAGCCCUGUGCUAUCCAUUUAUCAAGAGACUGCUACCUUCCAAAGCCUACUGAGAAGCUAAUAAAGGAGAUUGCGGUACUGGAGCUAGAAGUCAUAUGCUUGGAGCAGCAUCUCCUGACACUCUACCGGCAGGCCUUUGACCAACAAUUAUGCAGCACCAUUUCUGCUUAUGACAUGGAGAGAAGAAACAAGCAAUCAGCAAGGUCGUUUUCAGGCACACUCUCUGAAACUUCGGCUCACGAUUUCUCAACCCCAAAGAAGCACCAAUUGGUGCAGUCCAGCCGCAUGGUUCAGGCACGCAGGUCGACAACGGCAGCCCUUCAUUGUGAGCCCGGCAUUCCACAGCACAACGACAGCAAGACCGCUAUCGGGCGCAGCCAUUCCUCGCUCCUGCCGCGUUCCAUCUGCUCAGCUAGAGUAUCCCCUUCAGCGAACAAUCUCGCUAGAGCUCUUAAACCAUGUCAUACUUCGCCUCUAACGUUCGUUGAGGAGGGCAAGUGCAUGGAUUCCAGCAUUGUUAGCUUAGCAGAUAUCCUGGGUACCAGGAUUGCAGAUCAUGUUCCUCAAACACCUAACAAGAUAUCCGAGGACAUGAUCAAAUGCAUUGCUGGCAUAUACAUGAGGCUCAGAGAUGUUAGUGCGGUGCAAUACGCCUUCUUCCCCUCACCGUGCUCGUCCUUUUCUUCGGCAAGCGGGAUCUCUUCCAAAUUUACUGGUGAUAUAUGGAGCCCCAGAUGCAGGAAAGAGAGCUUUAUCGAGGCAUGGCAGGACAGUUCAUUCAGUUCAGGUGAUUUGGGCCAGCAAUGUGAUUCUGUAAUCGAGGUGUCUGCUCUCUGCAAGGGGGCUCAGAGGUCUUCUGAUGUGAAAGACAUGCUGUGUAAAUACAAAUCACUUGUUCAGCUGCUAGAAACUGUCGAUCUCGGUGGAAUGAAGAACGAAGAAAAGCUGGCUUUCUGGAUCAAUGUGCACAAUGCCAUGAUGAUGCAUGCUCAUAUUGAAUACGGGAUCCCGCAGAGUAACAGCAAGAGAAUGCUGCUGACCAAGGUAUCGUACAUCAUCAGUGGGCAGAGGGUAAACGCGGAGUUGAUAGAGUACCAGAUCUUGUGCUGCCGAGUACACUCUUCCGGACAGUGGUUCAGGCUGCUCCUGUACCCCAGAUGGAAGCCCAGAGACAAGGAUGAUCUGCAGGGGUUCGCCGUCGACCGGCCCGAGCCUCUGGUGCACUUCGCGCUGUCAUCCGGAAGCCACUCGGAUCCAGUGGUGCGGCUGUACAGCCCGAGGCGGUUGCUCCAGCAGCUGGAGGCGGCCAAGGAGGAGUUCAUCCGCGGCAACGUGGGCGUGCGCGGGUCGGGGCGCAGCAGGGUGAUCCUCCCCAAGGUGCUGGAGUCGUACGCGAGGGACGCCGGGCUGGCGGCGCAGGAGCUGCUGCGCGUGGUGGAGUCGUGCCUCCCGGAGGGCCUCCGGGCGGCGGUGCGGCAGCAGGGGAGGCCGCGCGGCGGCGGCGGCGUGGAGUGGAGGCCGCACAACAUGGCCUUCAGGUACGCGCUGGCGCGGGAGCUGGUCGGGUCCCCGGCCGGCGUGCAGCAGGCGGUGGCGCCCUCGGUUGCAUGAUGAUGAUGGUAUUGGGCGUGGUGCUGCUGCUUCCGCUUGCUCCGUGCAAGAGUCCAAGAGAUCCAGAUCUGCGGUCAUCUUCUGGGCGUGAUCUUGUUGGAUGUACAGGGAGAAGGGUGGAUACUGGGGCAUACAGCAAGGCACAAGGACUGCAUGCGUGUCGACGUGUAUAUCUGUUGCCAUGUCAUUCGUCCAUACGUGCUCGAUCGUGGCUCGCACCAAAAUGUAAUACGUGCAUGUUUCUGUUCUGUUCGGUCGGGCACGCGGAGAAAACUCAAGUAGCACGGAGCCUUUUUUGCACGACUACAACCGGGCCCUUCGUGUCCUACCUCUCGUAUCCGUUUCAAACGUCCGGACAAACUGUCCUUGACUUACAACUGGAAUUCGAUCUUUUUUGUUCUA